CAUGCAGCAGGGGAAGAUGUUUUUCUAUAUUGGAAGUGUUAUGGCAUUGGUGCAAGGAGGCUACACUCGUAGAAUCCCAGCUGGUAAAGAGGUCAAGGCUGCUUCCUAUGGUAUACUACUGGUGAUUCCAUCAUUUUUUCUAAUGGCAUUUGCUACAAAUACAUUGCUUAUGUAUACAGCACUGACAUUAUUUUCAUUUGCGUCUGCUACUGUGGUUCCAUGCUUGACGACACUUGUAUCUAUGUAUGGAGGAGAGGAUGAGAAAGGAACUAUCAUGGGUAUAUUCCGCUCACUGGGAGCUCUAUCCAGAGCAGUUGGUCCUGUUAUUGCCUCGACAGUGUACUGGUGUUUUGGAGCCCAUGUAUGCUACACGAUUGGAGCUGUAGUUCUGCUGUUGCCAUUUAUCCAGCUUAGGCGUCAAACGAAACAUGCUACAGAAUAA